CAGGGCGGGCGGAAGAGCGAGUCACGUGGGCGCUCUCCCCCAAUCAGCGCGGACAGGCGCGGGGUCGUCCCGGCUCCCGCCAAAUACGAGCGGGAGGCGCAGGGCCGGAACCGGACGGAGCGGGUUGGAGCGGGCCGGGUCCGCUCGGGUCGGCUGCCGCUGGAGCCGUGGCGCCUCGCCAUGGCAGGUAGGGGAAGGCCUGGAGGCAUCGCGAGGCUUCCGGGCUUCCGGGGGCGCGAGGCCUUCCUGAGGUAACAAAGGAGGCCCGAGAGCGGAGGUGCCGUUUCGGUGUAGGCCCCGAGCGGCGCCGUUUCCUCAGGCGUUGGGUUUCCCUCAGCUCUGGAGCCAUGGAGUGCAGAGACAAAGCGGUCGUUCCCCCGCGGAGACUCGUGCAAGCUCGGUUGCCUUUCAAGCGCCUGAAUCCUGUACCAAAGGAGAAAUAUGAUGCAGAAGCAGAAAGCAAGAAAGGAAAGAGUUCUAAGAGUGGUUUGGGCCAAAGUAAGGAUUCCUCCACAGCCACGUCGUGUGCAUCCACGGACAAUAUGGAGAAUGACUGCCAGCUGAAUUCAGAUGUGACUUUUGUUCCAAAACUUGUUAAUGGGAAGGGUCCAUUAGACCACUUUAUACAAAAGAGCACAAAAGAUAACAGAGAUGAAAUCAUCAUCGUUAUUGACUCGGUAGAUGAAUCUAAUCAAAGGCUCGGUGAUGAUGUAGACCGUGUUAAUUUUGAUUCAAAAGCAUCUUCUGCAGCUCUGACUAAUGGUGUGCUAGGGAAAGAUACGAACAAGCUGAGUUGCCUGAAUUCCACCCAGAACAGCCAAACUGAUGAUUCGAUGGAGACUGACGUGCGGUGUGAAGCUGUUGCAAAUAAGGGUGAAGAUUUGGUAGAUGGAAUCCAGUCUUGUUCUGGGUUGACAGAGUGUAACAACUUGGAAAACACGAAGGUUAAUCAGGGUGAACUGAAGGACGUCAUAUUUGAGGGGAAGAUGCCUGUAGUGCUUCUUGAAGAUAUUAUGGCUGCUAAAUCUCCCCAGGUCACUUCUCUGGAUGGAAGUGUCACAUCAGAAAAUGAGACCAUAGAAUUGUCCCAUGAAGGAGACUCUGUACUUACUAAUUCCUCAUUAAGCUCCCUCUCUGUGAGCUCCCCUGAAGCACAGCCUGUUGCAGAAACCAAGAGAAAUACUAGUCCUUUAGCUGUCUCAACGCCUGUUAGGAAGGUAUCUCAGAAACUCCACAAAAGUUCUGCAGAGAAGGAGAAGCUGAGAUUGCAAAGAGAUCAGGAGCGUGCUGACAAGCUGCAGAAGUUACAAGCAGAAAGGGAGGAAAAAGGAAGGCUGAAAGAAGAGGCAAAAGCUGCAAAGGAGCGAGCCAAGGAAGAGGCGAAGAAGAAGAAAGAGGAAGAGAAAGAACUGAAAGAGAAGGAAAGAAGGGAAAAGAAAGAAAAAGAAGAAAAGGAAAAAGCUGAGAAGUUGAGAGUGAAGGAGGAGAAACGCAAGGAGAGACAGGAAGCCUUGGAGGCAAAACUUGAGGAGAAGAGAAAGAAAGAAGAGGAGAAACGGUUAAAAGAGGAGGAAAAGCGUAUUAAUGCUCAGAAAGCAGAAAUUACAAGAUUCUUCCAGAAACCAAAGACUCCGCAAGCCCCAAAGAUUCUUGCUGGCUCUUGUGGGAAGUUUGCUCCUUUUGAAAUUAAAGAGAACAUGGUCUUAGCUCCCCUCUGUCGUAUUGCCCUUUAUCCAGACUUCUUAGAACAGCUGGAUCGGCUCCUGCGUGCACAGAAUAGUGAAGUUUCUUUCUUGAGAGAUCUCAAGUGUCGUAAGCCACGUAAAACUGGACCUACUUUUGUCAAUAGCAGUACUGACACAGUGAACAGUGAUGUGGUAGUGGUGGAUAACUGCAAAACAGAUGCUGUUCCUGAAAGGGGGAAAUUUGGUAGAAUGAAACUUCUGCAGUUCUGUGAAAAUCACCGUCCUGCAUACUGGGGCACAUGGAACAAGAAAACCACUGUGAUCCGUCCCAGGAAUCCUUGGUCAAAGGACAGUAAAUUACUGGACUAUGAAGUAGAUAGUGAUGAAGAGUGGGAAGAGGAGGAACCUGGCGAAAGCCUUUCCCAUAGUGAAGGGGAUGAUGAAGAGGAAGGAGAGGAUGAAGAUGAUGACGAUGGGUUUUUUGUACCCCAUGGGUACCUAUCUGAAGAUGAAGGAGUGACAGAAGAGUGUGAUCCAGAGAAUCAGAAGGUUCGUCAAAAGCUGAAAGCAAAGGAGUGGGAUGAACUGAUGGCCAAGGGGAAGAGACUCCACGUUCUGCAGCCUGUGAAAAUUGGCUGCAUCUGGGAAAGUGCACAAAAUGACAGUGGCACAAAUGCAGACCUGAAGGUUCUCCAGCAGUUCACAGCGUGCAUCCUGGAUUCAUCUGUUGCUGAAGAAGAACAGCAGAUACAGAAAUGUAGCAAAAAAAGAGCAAAAGAUCAGCAGAUCCUUGGCCAGCUUCUACCACUGCUCCAUGGCAACGUGAAUGGGAGCAAAGUGAUCAUCCAGGAGUUCCAGGAGUGCUGCCGGCAAGGACUGUUCAGUGAUGUGACUGCAGCUGCUGACUGUGGAGACACGAGCCCUGUGAGCCCCAACACAUCCCGACCACAGACACCAGUUGGUGAGGACAGUGGUGUCCCUUCCAAAGCCAGGCUAAAGAGAAUCAUUUCUGAGAACUCUGUGUAUGAGAAGAGACCUGAAUAUCGGAUGUGUUGGUACGUCCACUCAGAGGUGCUGAAGAGUUUUGAUCAAGAGCACCUCCCUGUCCCUUGCCAAUGGAACUACAUCACCCAAGUUCCUUCUUCAGGAAAGGAGGACAGUGGUGGUGUGCCAGGUGUGGCACCUGUGCAGAGCACCCCUGUGUCAGUAAAGAGGAAGUCCACUGGAAGUAUGUGCAUCACUAAAUUCAUGAAGAGGCCUAGGGAUGCUGAGCAGGCUGAAGCAAUGGAGAUGGAUGGCUUUCAGGCAGACACUGAGGAAGAUGAGGAUGACGAUGACUGCAUGAUUGUGGAUGUACCACCAUGCAAAGAUUCAACACUGACAGUCACUGAAACAGCUCCAGAAUCCAGUGGUACAACUGCUGCUCACCAGGAUGCCAACGUGGUCAGCCCAUCUAAUACAGUUUGAGACUUAAAUGCCUACUAACUUCUCUUGUAUGUAUGUAGAAUUAUUUAGAAAAUUUAAAACCCUGUGUAUCUUUGAACAAGAUACCUGAAAGUAUUCCAUAUUUCUUGUAAAGAGAAGACAGCACUUUGUUCUGCUUCAGACCAGAUGGAAGCUUAAAUCUUUAGUUUUUAGCUUAAAAAAUAUUGCAUAUUAAUCUGUCCUUAAUAAAGCAUUAUUGAAAUUUUGAUACUUCUUUGUAAUGGAAGGUAUCUAUGUUAGUGGAGGGUUUUUAAAUAAGCUUAUUGUGAUGCUUCUUGAGACUUACUCUGUUCAUAAUGUUGUAUAGCAUGCCCUUGGGUAUGAAUGAUGUACAAUUACAUUUGAUUUUAUGCUAUCUAUAUUAUCCUGUUUGUGACUUUACUUGCUACGGGGAACAGCUCCACAGCUAUGCCUUUGGAACAGGGAGUACUUGCAAGCUGUUCUAUUUUGUGAUAGUCUGAUAUUAAUUACAGGCUAGUGACAAUGAGAGACUAUUGGUCUCCUAUAUACAGUGCUGCAAUAGAAAAGGUGUGUGUAAAAAAGCUGAUGGCUAUCCCCCAGGUGAGCUUUAAGCAUGUGGAGUGGAACUAGCAUCACACUUGUUAAUGUAUAUAACAAGCUUGCUGUGGUUUUUAACUUUUUAUAAGGCUUCUCAGCUGCUGAGGAAUGAAUUCCCUGGACUACUGGCUGGAACCUGGAGUUUAAUCUCUCAUCAGAGGGAAAAUGCAGCAUAAGUAGCUCUUGUUUGUUUCCCAGGCUGGCUCUUCUGUCUGCAGCUGCCUUAGGAAGAUGAGGACU